GCGAGCGGAAGUGGGGUCGGGGGCAGAGCGGCCCGGCCCGGGGCUUCUCUCGCCUCGCCCCUCGAGCCCCGCCCCCUCCUCGACCCGGCUCCGGCUUCGGUUCCGGCUCCGUGAGGCGGCUCCCGCGGGAUUCCUUGGGGACAGAAUGACACGAUGGAUGAUGGGGGCAACCCCUUCCUUCCAGACAGUAUUAUUUACCAGAUCUUCUUGAGCCUGAGCCAUGAAGAUGUGCUAACUGCAGGGUUGGUGUGCCGCCAGUGGCAGGCAGUAUCUCGAGAUGAGUUCCUGUGGAAGGAGCUGUUUUACCGAUACUACCAGGUGGCCCGAGAUGUCCCUCGUCAUCCAGCUGCUGUCUCCUGGUAUGAGGAGUUUCAGAGGCUCUAUGACACCAUCCCCUGUGUAGAAGUACAGACCCUGAGAGAACACACUGAUCAGGUCCUCCACCUCAGCUUUUCACACACAGGAUACCUGUUUGCAUCGUGUUCCAAGGACUGUACUGUAAAGAUCUGGAACAAUGACCUGGCCAUCUCACUCCUGCAUAGCUCCAACAUGAGACCUUACAACUGGAGCUACACCCAGUUUUCCCAGUUUAACCAGGAUGACACACUGCUCCUGGUGUCAGGAGUCUUCCUGGGGCCCCACAACUCUUCAUCAGGAGAGAUUGCUGUCAUCAGCUUGGACAACUUUGCUCUUCUCUCACGAGUGCGAAACAAGCCAUAUGAUGUGUUUGGAUGCUGGCUCAAUGAAACCAACCUGAUCUCUGGCAAUCUACACCGGAUUGGAGACAUCACAUCCUGCUCUGUGCUCUGGCUCAACAAUGCCUUUCAGGAUGUUGAAUCAGAGAAUGUUAAUGUGGUGAAGCGGCUCUUCAAAAUCCAGAACCUUAAUGCCAGCACAAUCCGCACUGUGAUGGUGGCCGACUGCAGUCGCUAUGACAGCCCUGACCUCCUGCUGGAUGCUGGACCCCAGCCAGCUUCUGUUGACACAUCCCCUUGUCGGGUUUUUGACCUGGGCAGUGAUAAUGAGGAAGAUGAAAGCUGGGUCCUGCUCCCACCAGAGACCCAGCUCCCAAGGGGCCCCAAGGAAGGGCUGCGGCGCUUCCUAGAUGAUAUUAUGGAGGGGAGGGCACGACCCGUCUUGUCAGAGCAGGAGCUGGAGAGCAAAGUUGCAGAGUUUCUGGCCCAGAGCCGGACCAAAGCCCCAGAAGCCAGCAGAGAGAGCAAUGACAAGAAGAAAUAUUUGAUCUUCACCACUGGCUGCCUCACCUAUUCCCCACACCAGAUAGGGAUUAAGCAGAUCCUGCCUCACCAGAUGACAACAGCAGGGCCAGUGCUGGGAGAGGAGCGGCGUUCCGAUGAGUUCUUUGACUCAUUGGAUCAUGUGAUUGACAUCCAUGGACACAUCAUUGGGAUGGGCCUGUCACCUGACCACAGGUACCUGUAUGUCAAUAGCCGCUCGUGGCCCAGUGGCUCAGUGGUGUCAGACCCCAUGCAACCGCCACCUAUUGCUGAGGAGAUUGACUUACAUGUAUUUGACCUUAAGACUAUGAAGGAAGUGAAGAGGGCCCUCAGAGCCCACCGUGCCUAUACCCCCAACGAUGAGUGCUUCUUCAUUUUCCUUGAUGUCAGCAGGGAUUUUGUUGCCAGUGGUGCAGAAGAUCGCCAUGGCUAUGUUUGGGACCGACACUACAACAUCUGCUUGGCCAAACUACGACAUGAAGAUGUGGUCAACUCUGUGGCCUUCAGCCCACUAGAACAGGAGCUGUUGCUGAGUGCUAGUGAUGAUAAUACCAUUAAAGUAUGGCGGUCUCCCCGCACUGUGCGCAUCCACCAAGCCUGUCGUCCACGGCCCCGUCCACUCUUCUUCUCCUGGCUGGGCAGCCAAAAGAGCUGAAGAACCCAAUCUUGCUAUCUUGAACUCCCAGGUUCUUGUGAGGGGCAGACACCUUGGUUUACAGGAGAUUGUUCUAAGUGCCCAAGCCAUCAACAAACCAGAGAGAAGCAGCAGUCAAGACUGGUGUGCCUGGUCUGACAAAUAGGACCCAGUCCUCCACCAAGUGAUGACUCCCAUCUUUCUCUCCUUCAAAGCCUAGUCCAGGGACAGACUUUGGAGAGCCUGCCAAGUGACAGUGCCUGUCACACACUUUGCUCAGGACCCUAUUUUGUUGAUGGCAAGUUGGUACUGAGCUGGAGAAUCCUUUCCCAUUCUUGGGCUUCUAGUUCUGCCACAAGAUGAGGUCUAGCCAUUAACAUGAACUGUUUGUUUGCAGGGCAAAGUCUGUGUUUGACAGCAGUGCUGGCAGAAUUAUAGGAGAAAGAGUUCAGACACAGAUUGCUUCACCUCCACCCCCUACCCCCCACUCCUUCAAUUCUAGCACAGGGACAACUGAGUAGAAUUUAUGAUUAGAAAUAAUUUUACAAAAUAGGUUAUUUGAACUUUCCUCUUACUUAGGUUUCAUUGUGUUCUAUUUCAAAGCUAGGAUUCUCAGUUUUUGAGGUUUGUAUAAGAAAGCUUAGUUGUAUAGGCUUACCAGGAACUUUCUACCCACCUGGAAGCUAGGGACAACCAUUCUGAUCAAGGACGCUCUCCUCAGAGGUUUUCACUUCACACGUGUGGUGUUUUUUUUUUUUUGUAGCACUGCAGUUUAUUUUACACAUGCCAUUGACCCACUAAAGAUAAAUGUUUCUCCAAUCUAGCCCAAAUGAGUUCAUUUGGUCUUUGAGAUUUGCUUUGGUUAGAAAGAGCUUCUUGGCUUUGGUUGAACCCAGUUUGGACUUAAAGCUCUUCUGUUGCCUUGGCCUAGCUACGGAUUACAAACAGUUGGUCAGCUGAUAGAGUCAACCUAUUUAAGAAUGGUACCCUCACUAUAGGGUUCAGGGAUGGAGGUGGCUCCAUACUCUGCUUUGCCCCAUUCUUUUCCUAAAUAACUUAUUUUGAACACCAGCAUCAGUAGCUCCUUUCCUUGUAACUUGGUCAGAGGCCUGUCUGGGAAGCUACAGGGAGGGGUUGCUGGAUUUACCAUGGUGAAACUGUUGGUAUAGGUUCUUGUGGGGUCCUGGGGUCAAAAUGCAUGUCUGCCUUUCCAGUGCACCUCACUCCAGCCGUGAAUAAACACUCAUUGAAUAUCUCA